UCAUUGGCAUUGAUGGCUCUUAGUUGCACAUCACUUUGGUUGUAACAAGUGAUUUUGUUGGGCUUCCACGAAGAUAUUGGGCUGGGCUGAGUUUGGUUUUAUAUGAAUGACAAAGACUAACAUUAAUGGGAGAGGAGCCGACAACUACGCGGCUACGCCGCACCAUAGAGAGAUUGAGGAACGAGAGUCAUGGCUGGGUGUGGAGAGAAGCAGCAAAGAAAAGGUUGGGUUUCGGCCUCAAAUUGUCCGGGAGGUCGGGUUGACACAGGAACCGUCACACAGUUGCCAAGAAGAACGAUGAGCACCGACGUCGAGAACCAUCCGCCGGAAAGGAGAGUGAGACCACGACACCGAGUAACUGGUUCUGAACAGCAACAAAUGAACAGUUCACACGGUGGAGAUCAACAAAGUGGCUCAAGUGCGAUGGAGGCGACGAAAAUCACGAUCCCAGCAGCGGCAGACAAAGACGGUUAGAGGUCUCUCCUUCUCAGAGGAACCCAUGGAGGCAUGGAGCAGCGCAAAGUCGAGGACGAUUAGGUAGCGGGUGGGGAGGGUGAUCAGAUGGGUGGGUAUGGAUAGUGUAUUAAGGGUGGGUCUGUUUGUUGGGCUCUGUCCAAAAAGAGAAACAAAAUUUUUUAAACAUAUUGAAAACCAUCAACAGACCAGUCAGCCUUACAUGAAAGUUUAUGAUAAAUUGCCACUAAUUUUUUUAAAAUUCUAUAAAGUACCCUGGUCCUUCAAGGACUAGGGUGUGUUUAGGAAACUCAUUUGGAAGAAAGAAGCACGUUUAAAUUUUUUAAAAGUUUUAACUUUUGGUUUGGUAAAUUUUUUUUUCAUAAACGCAAAA